ACCCCCAGUGAUCCCGCACUGGGGACACGUGACGAGGCGGUGCAGUGGCCUUUGCCCUGUCCCUUGGCUUUUCCUUUGGCGUGUUCCUGGCGUGUCCUGGCGUGUCGGUGGCGUGUGCUGGCGGCAGCCAUGGCGCUGGGGUCCCUGGGAGUGCUGGCUCUGGGCUCAGUGGUGCUGGCGCUGCUGCUGCGGUGGCUUUGGGACACGCUGGUCCUUGUCAGCAGCAUCCGGGACACAUGUCACCAACUGCGCCGCUUCCCCUGCCCGCCCUGGCGCAGCUGGGUGCUGGGGCACACCGGCAUGGCCAAGGUCACGGAGGAGGGGUUGGAGCAGGCGGAGGAGCUGGCGACCCGGUACCGCCGCGGGUGCCUCUGGUGGUUCCUGCCCUGGAUGCCGGCCCUGAGGCUCUUCCACCCCGACACGCUGCGCCCCGUGCUCAUGGCCACAGCCUCCAUCGCCCCCAAGGACCGGCUCUUCUACGGCUUCCUCAAACCCUGGCUGGGGGAUGGGCUGCUGCUGAGCCAUGGGCACAAGUGGGCGCAGCACCGGCGCCUCCUGACACCCGCCUUCCAUGGGGACCUGCUCAAGUCCUACAUGGGCAUCUUCAACCAGAGCACCAACGUCAUGCACGCCAAGUGGCGGGCAGCAGCGGGCCCCACGGGUGCUGCGGUGGCGCUGGAGGUGCUGGACCAGCUGAGCCUCCUCACCCUGGACACCCUCCAGAGAUGCAUCUUCAGCCACGAGAGCCACUGCCAGCAGCAGCCCAGCGAGUACAUCAAGGCCAUCCUGGAGCUGAGCAGGCUGGUGGUGCAGCGCCAGCAGCGCCUUCUCCAUUACUUCUGGUGGCUUUAUCAGCUCUCGGGCGACGGGCGCCGCUUCACCCAGGCUUGUGCCACCGUCCAUGGCUUCACCGCGGCCGUGGUGCAGCGCCGGCGCCAGGCUCUCCAACGCCUGGGCCACCAGGCCUGGAUGGACCAACACCGCGGCCAGCGCAUGGACUUCAUCGACCUGCUGCUGCUUGCUAAGGACGAGGACGGGAACACGCUGUCGGACGAGGACAUUGCGGCUGAGGCCAACACCUUCAUGUUCGCAGGCCAUGAUACAACAGCCAGCGGCUUGUCAUGGCUGUUCUACAACCUGGCCUGCCACCAGCAGCACCAGGACCGCUGCCGCCAGGAGGUCCAGGAGCUCCUCAAGGGCCGGGACGUGGAGGACAUUGAAUGGGACGACCUGUCCCACCUGCCCUUCACCACCAUGUGCAUCAAGGAGAGCCUCCGCCUGCAUCCCCCGGUGGUCGCCGUGUCCCGCCGCUGCAGCCGGGACCUCGCCACGCGUGAUGGACGGGUCAUCCCCAAGGGGGUCAUCUGCUUGAUGAGCAUCUACGGGACCCAUCACAACCCUGAAAUGUGGCCCGACCCUCAGGUCUACAACCCAUUGAGGUUCAGCCCAGAGAACAGCCAGGGACGGCCCCCAUUGGCCUUCAUCCCCUUCUCUGCUGGCCCCAGGAACUGCAUCGGGCAGAGCUUCGCCAUGGCCGAGAUGAAGGUGGUGGUGGCCCUGACGCUGGCUCGGUUCCGCAUCCGCCCGGACCCGGCGCGGCCACCGCGGCGCAAGCCCGAGCUCAUCCUGCGCACCGAGGACGGGCUCUGGCUGCUGCUGGAGCCGCUGCCCAAGGGGGCCUGAGGGACACCGUGGGGACACCGUGGGGACACCUCCUGGGGACACCAUGGGGACACCUCCUGGGGACACCGUGGAGACACCUCCUGGGGACAUUGGGACACCCCAGAGAGGAGAAGGGAAUAAAUGUACCGUGGAGGGGA